AUGUCAUCGAUUACCAUGGCUUACGUGGUUUUCGCCUCUCUCCUUUUCGUCCCUACUGCUCCUCUCCUCGCUUUCCUUGCGCAGGGUCGUUUGGCAUCCCAAAGAACCGCUCUCAACCUCGCUCGGACUCCCAGCCCGCAGCCUCAGCAGAUUGUACAAAGGCGUUCUCAGCAGACGGUGCCGAGACGUCCCUCCGUAUCAAAUCUACAGCAGCAGCAGGAUCAGCAGCAGGAGCAGGAGCAGGGCCAGCAGCAGCAGCAGCAGCAGCCGGCACAGCAGAGAGGGGAAUCGGAUCAAGGCGAGAGGGCAGGGAGACGGGUUGGCCGGAAGCCUAAGAGGACGAUAACACCUCCCCGGGUUACACCUCCUCGGCUGACACCUCCCCGAGCCAUGCCACCAAGGUUGACGGCGCCUCUAGAAAGAGAAGCAGCUGCACGGUUGAGAGAGGGAGAGGACGGAGGAGAGGAUGGAGGAGACGAGGCACGUGGAGAUGGGGAUAGAGGAGAGAGUGGAGCAGACGCAGCGUGUGUUGAAGAAGCAGUGAAAGCAGAAGAGGUGGCGAAUGCAGCAGGAAGCGUGGGAGCGGAGAGGAGGAGGAGGAAUAAGCCGGAAGAAGGCGGGUCGAUGGUGGUGACUCUGAGACUGAGAGGCGGUCGACAGGAGAGACAAGGUGCUGUUGCUCCUAGGAUUCAGAUUCUGCAGCAGCAGCCGCUGCAGCAGCAGGAGUGGCAGCAGCAGCAGCAGCAGCGGCAGGAGCGGCAGGAGCGACAGGCGCAAUGUGGGUUGCAGGAGCAGACGCAGCAAACAGAGCCUGGUUCGUUGUCUGGGGUGGACGUGUCAGGGCUCCAGGCGAUAGGGGCGAAGCGGAAGCGGGAAGGGAGGCGGAAGGGCCGCGGGGAGGAGGCGCAUGGGGAAUUUGAGCGCAGGGUUGAGGGGAGUGUUGAGGUGACAGUUGAGGGGUCAUGUCCAAGUGAGGCAGAAGGUAUGCGUGGGGAAGGGGAGGGGAAAGAGGGAGGGGGCGUUUGUGCUGGUAUUGCUCCUGCUGCCCCUCCUGCUGCCCCUCCUGUUGCCCCUCCUGCUGCCAAGCCUGCUGCCGCUCUCCCGUCCACUCUCCCAGACCCCUCCCUCCUUGGGGAUUCGCCAGCAGCCGCGGCAAGGAGAAGGCAGCAGCAGAGACGGCAGCAGCAGCUUCAGGAGGAGCGGUAUACUGUACUUGAAGCAGACUGUAACGAGGAUGAGAAGCUUUCUAGAAGCGCUGACGUCGGGACUAGGGCGGCUGAGGUUGGUAGGGACGGGAAAGCAGGUGCAAACCUUGAUGUGGGAGUUGAGUUGGAUGAAGGCGGGGGUGAUAGUUCAUUUGAAGGGGAACAAAGGCAGCAGAGGCAGCAUAGGAAGCAACGGGAGCAUAGGAAGCAGAGGGAGCAGCGGGAGCAGAGGGAGAUGGUGAUUCAUGAAGAGCAAAUGGGGGAUCCUUGGGAGUUGGAAGCGGGUGAAGGGACGCUCUUACCUGCAGGCAAUAGGGAGAAGCAGGGGCAGGAAGAGAAGCCGAAGCAUGCUCGCAAAAGGGAGAAAGAGGAGGGGGGGGAGAAAAGGGAGAGGAAAGAAAAGGGGAGGAAAAGGCGAGUUAGUGAAGAAGAUGUGAUAGGGCGGAAGCGAGGAAGGGGCAUGGAGGAGGCGUCGAUUGUGGUGAGAGGGAGGGCUGGAGGGGCAGCAGGAGAAGGGGUGGAGGAGGGAAGGGAGGCAAGAGAUGCAGAAGAGGCGAAGGGGGAGGCGAGAAUGACCAGGAGCAGGGCUGCCAGAGCAGAUGUGAGCUCUGGUAAUGGAGCAGGGACAGGGGCUGGGGCUGCGGCAGGUGUUGGGAUUGGAGCUGAGGCAGGGGUAGGGGCAGGAGCAAGGGGAGAAGAAGGAGCAGGUUUAGGAUCAUGGGAUGGGGAAGCUGAAAGGUAA